AUGGUUACAGGUUCGUGCCCUUCAGCAUCACCAUUUUCUUCACUAUUUCUCUGUAAAAAAUCAUCGUCUUCAUGGGAUGCCAAUUAUUUGGGUCCGGCUAAAACUGUUCGGAUCACCGACAUCACCUUCCAAUUAGAGGGAAAUGGAAUCGAAAGAUCAUUUGAACAAGUUCAAAGUCGGCUCAGUUCCGACGUUGUACUACAUACCCGACUUCAUCCCCGAUUCCGAUCAAAAACUACUCCUAAAUCAGGAGGGAUUGUCCAUGAAAAAGGUCCUUUGCCUCAAGAUUGUGACUCAGAUGGAGCUUACCAGGCUGUUAUAAGGCUAUUUUUGUCAAAUGAAGAUGAAAUACAUCUAACGAUGCAAGGUAAUGGAAUUCCUUAGCCAUGUCAACAAUAGACUGAAACAACAACAAAUUAGUAGGUUUUCCUUUGGAAGUGUUAAUGAGGUUGCUGCUUCAGCAACAAU